AUCCGAUGAUCCGGGUGAUAUUUACUGAUGGACACAUUUCCGGCUCAGGUUAUUGCAGCAUGAAGAAGGAGCAAGUAGCUAACUGUCAGUUUUCUGUUUGGUAUCCGAUAUUCAAAAAACACACAAUAAAAAGUCAGAUUCUUCCAUUGCCUCAAAAUGUGAUAGACUAUUUACUGGACGAUGGGACGCUGGUAGUCUCAGGAAGUGAUCACAGCACACAGCCGACACACACUAACAGCUACAACUCAGACGCAGAGGAAGACGUUCAGUGGUCAGAUGAUGAAACAACCACAACAGUCACUGCUCCUGAGUUCCCAGAAUUCACCUCCAAGGUGCUGGAGGCCAUAAACGCCCUGGGUGGGUGUGUGUUCCCCAAACUCAACUGGAGCGCUCCUCGGGAUGCUAACUGGAUCGCUCUGAACAGCUCGCUGGAAUGUCGCAGCCUCAGUGAGAUAUUCCUGCUCUUUAAAAGUUCUGACUUCAUCACUCAUGACCUCACACAGCCGUUCCUUCAGUGCAGCGACCAGGACUCCCCCGAUCCAGUCAUCAGUUAUGAGUUGGUCUUAAGAAAGUGGAGCGAGCUGAUUCCUGGAGGAGAGUUUCGUUGCUUCGUCAAAGAAAACAAGCUCAUCGCGAUCUCCCAGAGAGACUACACACAGUAUUACCAACACAUCCUGACACAGGAGCAGAACAUCUCUCACGCCAUCCAGGAUUUCUUCAGCCAGCACAUCCAGUACCACUUCCUGGAUGAAGACUUCGUGUUUGACGUCUACAGAGAUAGCCAGGGCAGGGUGUGGCUCAUUGACCUGAACCCGUUUGGAGAGGUGACCGACUCGCUGCUGUUCCGUUGGGACGAGCUGACGUCUGGUGGAGAAGCAGCGCAACAGCUACAGCAGGACGGCCCGGCGUUCCGCUACACCAUGAGCGAGGUGACGGUGCAGCCCAGUCCCUGUCUGAGCUACAGAAUCCCACGAGACUUUGUUGACCUGUCCACCGGAGAGGACGCUUACAAACUCAUCGACUUCCUGAAACUGAAGAAAAACCAGCAGGAGGAAUCUGAGGAGGAAGAGGAAGGGAAUGCUCCACCGUGACAUCAGCUUUUUAAAUAAAGUCUGCAUGAGGUUCUGUUUGUGUCUGUCUGCCUCUGAACAAUAACCUUGUGUACCUUAUUUUAACCAGCUGACCCGUGUUUUGGGUAAACUGAACUAGUUAAAUUAGUAAAUCUGUUAGCAAAAACUCUCCUUAAAUCACUGGUUUAGUCUGGUUUCACUUUAGCCUCUUCAGUGCUGCAAGAAAAACACUGUUUUUAUACUUUGGAAUAAGUGGAUCACCCUAAAUGAUGCUGAUUAGUUAACACACACACACACACACACACACACACACACACACACACACACACACACACACACACACACACACCCCUUUAAUGUCUCUCUGCUCCAUCAUCUGCUGUUUACCGCUGAGCCGUUUGGGCACACUCGCUGCUCCAGGCACUCUUAUUCCGAGUCCCUUAUUUUCCCAUCAUGCUUUGCUGUGGGCUCCAGCUCCCAACAGCCCUCCCCCUAUUAAACCUCUUGUCACAUAUUGACCCACCAUCAGUCUGGGGGGUGCAGUAAACUAGCUCAUAAGAAAUUGAUUGUGCUUUUACGCAACAGUUCUCAUUACGCUGGGAGCUAAAUGAGCUGUUCGGGACAACUCUGUUUUUUUCUUUGUCAGGAUUGAUGGAGCAAUCACACAGGAAUGGAGCCAGAGCGGGCGUGCUGAGAGUUACGGUUCCCCUGGUGAACCACUGUGGAUGAGAAACGGCGAACCGCACACAAAUUUUGUAAAUGUUUCACGUUAAUCAUCCGUUUGAAAAUGAAAUCUGUCUGUUGCUAUAGUUCCAAUCACGGGGGUGUUGCACUGUUUUAAUUUUAUAUACAUACAUGGCAAAAUAAAAUAAAGUUCACUCCUGUUCCAAAUUAACUUUUUGUACAAGACUGUUAUUAUGAGGUCUAAGAAUAAAUUAAAUGAAAAUUUGGACAUA